ACGUGAUAAAGGCAGUCACUCGUUAACAGAUUUCACGGACAGAAGUAGUGUGUAUGAAGGAAGGUUACAAUAUGUGGGAAAUGAAGUGCAUUUUUUUCUUCAUCAUUUGCUGUUUUUUAGGACUCGUACAAAGUGAUGACGGAUACUCUGGUGAGGUAAAAGAAUUGUUUCAGGAUCUCAAAGACUAUAAAUCAAACGUCCAAACAGCAGAACAAAAAAUGUUGCAAUUCUCUGAUGAAACCAUGGAUAGAAAGUAUGCAAUAGGACUUGUCAACUUAUACACACAACAAAGUUCUUUUUACAGUACAUUAAACAAGGAAAUGCGCAAAAACUAUCCCACAGAGACUGAUAUCUGGAGACGAUCUGGUGAUCUAAUUAACAGGGGUAUUGACAUUCUCGGACCUACGGAGCAUAAACUUGUAUUCAGGGGAUGUAGAGCACUGGAUGAUCGUCCUGAAAAAGGACGUGAUUUCAAAUUUAAUCAGAUCACAAGUACCACAUUACGUCGAGAUUUGGCCAAAAAGUUUGGUGACGCCGGAUGCCAAAAGGGAAUUCUUUUUGAGAUAUCAAAUGUGUAUGGAUUAUUGGUUGAAAAGUACUCAGCAUUUAAAACUGAAAAAGAGGUAUUGAUAAAAUCCUACUAUGUCUUCAAAGUAAAGGAAGACCCUCAAAAAAUAGAAAAACUUACAAUUUACAAACUUGAUGGUCAGUCAGAAUCUAUAAACUCGAGUAAUAGAGCAUAUGCAGAAAUUCUAAUGCAAUGUUCAUUAGUUACCGUCUUAAUUCUAACUUUUGGUUUAUAAUUUACGAAUGCAGAUAAGGUUUUCUUUGAAUUAUAAAAAAAAACAUUAAAAUCAUUUAACAUU